AGGGCGGGAAGGGCGAGCGGCGGCGGAGCCUGGAGGCCUGGCUGCAGCAGCAGCAGCAGGGGCAGUGGCGGCUGCUGCUGCUGCUGGGCUGCCUGUGUGGUACCGGGGUCUGCUGCCACCGCCCUCACUCAUUCCGCUACCACGGCUGCUGCAGAGCCUGCUGCUGCACUACGCCGACGCGCGCUGCUCCGAGUGCGGCUCCCGCCCCGCCGCCCCCUGCCUCUGCCUGCUGACCGGCCGGCUGCUGUGCGCCCCCUGGCGCGGUUGCGCGGGUGCGCGGCUGCACGCGGCGGAGUGGGCGGGGGGCGCCUGCCUGCUGCUCAACCUGGCGUCCAGCCGGGUGAUGGCGCUGCGGGGGGGCAGGAUGGCGGCAUGCCAGUCGCCCUACCUGGAUGCGCACGGUGACGAGGAUGUGGACUUGCGCCGCGGCCGGCCGCUGUACCUGGACGCGCACUGCUACCGGCAGCUGGCGCGGCUGUGGGGCAGCGCCGCACUCGAGUUCGACACGCAGCUGCUGCACAGCUCGCGACCGGAUGUGAUGGAGCUGCUGUGAGCCGGGCAGCCGUCGGGUGACCCGUGGGUCAGUUAGCUGCUGAUGGGCCUUUGUUGGGUCUUUGCUUGAUGGAUUUGUGUUCGGCUGUAGUGAGCAACAGGAGCCUAGUAGGGAGUAGUGUAACGAGUUGAGGGACGGAGCGGAGAGGCAGUACAGCAGAGGAAGGACAGCUGAGAGCGCCGACUGGGCUGGCCAGUGCCUAAGGGUUGAGGGGGG